AAAAGAAAAAAAAAAAGAUUUAACUGAUUUUUUAAUUAACACUUGUUUGUGAGUAGUAUCAGUUCAGUGCUCCUCCCUUCGUUCAUGCUGUUCCACACCGACUGCCACUCGCCUCUGUUCACACAAAUGGACGAACAAGGAUUCGAAGAGAAACAAUCUGUGAAAUUACAAAACCAUCCUUCUGGGAUUGCUCCCACCAUUAUAAAUAUUGUGUCAACUGUGAAUUUGGAUUGUAAGUUGGACCUUCAAUCCAUUAAGCUUCAAGCUCCUACUGCAGAGUACAAUCCCCAGCGUCAUCCUGCUGUGGUUAUGAGGAUCAGGGCACCAGAAUCAAAAGCACAAAUCAAUUCUUUUGGAAUGAUGGUUUGUACUGGAGCUAAGAAUGAGAGCCAGUCAAAAUUGGCAGCAAGUAAGUAUGCAGCAAUCAUCCGGAAGAUGGGCUUCCCAACUAAAUUUAAGGAUUUUAAGAUUCAGGAAAUUGUUGGCUCUUGUGAUGUCAAGUUUCCCAUACACCUUGAACGUCUUGCUAAUUCCCAUGCCGCUUGCUCUAGUUAUAACCCAGUGUUGUUUCCAUGGCUAAUCUAUGAAAUGAAGCAACCAAAGAUAGUCUUAUAUAUAUUCAACUCGGGAAAAAUUCAUCUAAAAGGAACCAAGUCGAGAGAUGAGAUAUUCACAGCCUUUGAGAAAAUAUAUCCAGUGCUUACUGAGUUCAGGAAAAACCAACAAUGAUCAUUGUCAAGAGCAAGGUUUUCUGGUUGAGAAAGCUGUCUAUCGCGUGGGUUUGAUCUAGCUGUAAUUGAGACUGUAGAUAUUUGGAUUUUUUUAGAUGAACUAAGCACCCUUUAUUUUCUUCUUCCUUGGUCAGAAGAGUAAAAGCAACCAUGUUCUCAAGUGUAUUGGAGCACUAAAAUUUAGAUGCGAGAAGGACCAUAUUAUGACCUAUAGUUUGAUGAGUUGACUAUGAUUUGUAUCCUGCAAAUAGGAAAACAAUUUUCCAGUUUUAAAAAGUUUUUAGAUUGCAAGGGAAAUAUGAAUUAUUGGUUAUUUAUGAUUUUA